AUGAAUCAGAAGAAACGCAAAUUAUACGAUUCCUAUGAAUUCACGCUUGAUGUUCAUAAAGAAAACACAAUAUGGAAAGCACUAAUAGAUGAUGACUUAAAAGCAUUAAUUCCAUUCACAGAAGAAAAUGAUUUUAAUCCAAAAAGAGGUAUAAAAAGCCAGUUCUAUCCAAAAGAUGAAAUGGAGAAACCUUUCACAUUAAUUGAAUUCUGCUGUUUUCAUGGCUCUGUAAAUUGUUUUAAGUUUUUAAGAACGAAAUUCAACUUAAAAAUCACAUUCAGGUGCGUUAAUUUUUCAAUGUUGAGCGGAGUUCCAGAUAUUAUGAGCGAAUGCUUGAAGGUGAAAAAGCCAGGUUUAUAUAGCAUGAAAUACGCAAUUAUUUCACAUAACAUUGAUUUUGUUUCCUUCUUGAUGAAUGAACAUGAUUUAGUAAUCAGCAUGCAUGAUUGCUAUAAUUUCAAUAAUCUUCAAGCAUAUUUGGUUUAUUUAGAUCAAACACAACAAUUCGACAAAUGUUUUAUUUAUUCACCAGCGUUUAAUCUUCCGCCUCUUUUUGAUUAUUUAAUUGCGCAUGGUGCAUCCAUAAAUCCAAUUAGUACUGAGAAUAAAACGGCGCUUUAUAUUGCUGCUAAAUAUGGAUUCAAAACCGCUGUUGAAUAUUUGAUUGCGCAUGGAGCAAAUGUUAAUAUAAAAACAUUACCUCUUUUCACUACUCCUCUCCAUGAAGCUGCAAUUCAUGAUUAUCCUGAAAUAGCAGAGAUUCUUAUUUUACAUGGUGCAGAAAUCAAUGCAAUAUCUGCUAGAAUGAAAACUCCUCUUCACCGUGCAAUACAAAAAAAUAGUAUAGAAACUGCCAAAGUUCUUAUCUUGCAUGGUGCUGAUGUCAAUGCAACUGGUGAAGAUGGAGAAACUGUUCUUCAUUACGCUGCAGACAAAAAUAGAUAUGAAAUAGCAGAACUUCUAAUAGCACAUGGAGCAAAUGUCAAUGCACAAAACGAUUAUGGAGAUACUCCACUAAAUUAUGCAUAUACGAGUGAAAGCAUGGAAGUAAUAAAUGUACUUAAAUCGCAUGGUGCACUUGAUUCAAAUGAUGACUAA